UAUUUAGGCAUUUGGUACGAAUUCGAAAGGUUCCAAUUAGCGGCCCAAGCUGGAGUCACGUGUUCACAAGCAAGUUACACGCGAAACAAUGACGGAACAAUCCGGGUCGUCAACACAGGAGUGCAAGAAAGAAAUGGUGAACCUGUUCGUGUAGAAGGUACCGCCAGAGCUGUGAAUCCACAAGAUCCAGCGAGACUUUCCGUCACCUUUUCUCCUUUCCAGCCAGUUGACCCCAAUGGAAACUAUUGGGUCGUUAAAACCGACUAUAACAACUUCGCCAUUGUAUACUCCUGUCGGCAGGAAGGGCGGAGUAAGUCCGAAAAUGCCUACAUUCUACUACGAGAGCCGAGGAACCCCAAUGUUAGAACGCUGAGGUCCAUCUACAAUUUUCUCAGGAGCUAUCGAAUAAACCCGAGGAACUUCAUCCGAACAGAUUUCCGACAAUGUUUACAACCAUAUCCUUAUAGGAAGUAGUGCAAGAAAGACUCCCAUGUAGUCGAAGCAGUUUUCCAUGUUUUCUUUAGAACAUUGAAGUAAAUUAUGUUCAAAACGAGGAAAAACUAUCCAAGUAAAUCAAUUAAUAUAUAUCAUUGCAAACUGAACAACAUUGCAAACACAGAUAUUUUCCCUUACCUUUAAAUUUGAAUACUCAAAAUAUAUGGGAGGGGGGGAUGUGAGCCCCAUGAUGAUGAGUGUUUUACGUUUGUCAUUUAUGUUUCA